AUGGAGUGGGGAGGCUGGCAGUGGUGGCUGCUGCUGCUGGUGGGCAUCCAGCUGGCCAGUGGCCAGUGCCCAGAGCAGUGCCAGUGCGUCCGCACCGCCCAGGUGGAGUGCUCCGGCGCUGGCAUCACCGCGGUCCCCAGCCCCAUCCCUGCAAAUGCUAUGACCCUCCAGAUCAUUAACACGCGCAUCGCUGAGCUGGGUGACGCGUCCUUCGGCAACGCCUCCCUGCUGAUCGGGCUGCGCAUCGAGAAGAACAACCUGUCGCGCAUCAGCCCCGGGGCCUUCCAGCACCUGCCUGACCUGCGCUACCUCAGCCUGGCCAGCAACAAGCUGCAGGAGCUCCCCGUGCAGGUCUUCGAGCCCCUGGGCAAGCUGGAGUCUCUGCUUCUCUCCAGCAACCAGAUCCUCCAGGUCGAGCCUUCCCACUUCGCCCACCUGAGCAACCUCAAGGAGCUGCAGCUGCACGGGAACAACCUGCAGGAGCUGAAGGAGGGGGUGUUCGACCAGCUCACCAGCCUCACCAAGCUCAACCUGGCCAGGAACAACAUCGACCGCCUGCCGCCCCGGGCCUUUGAGCGGCUGGCACGGCUGCAGGUGCUGCGGCUCUACGAGAACCGGCUCCGGCAGAUCCCGGCAGGCGCCUUUGACGGGCUGCCGGAGCUUCAGGAGCUGGGGCUGCACCAGAACCAGCUGGAGAUGCUGUCCCCGGAGCUCUUUGUGCACAACGGGAACCUGCAGAAGCUCUACCUGUCCAACAACCUCCUCGCCACCCUGCCGAGCGGCAUCUUCUUGCCCCUGCGUGCCCUUGCCAAGAUCACCCUGCACGUCAACCGCCUGCGGGACAUCUCCCCCAGUGCCUUCGGGCCCAUGCCGGACCUGCGGGAGCUGUGGCUCUACGAGAACGAGCUUUCCACCCUCCCAGCCGCCGUCUUCAGCAACCUCACCCAGCUGCAGCUCCUGGUCCUCAGCAAGAACCGGCUGCGCUCGGUGGCGCCGGGGGCUUUCCGGGGCUUGGGGGAGGUGCUGGAGCUGUCGCUGCACUCCAACUCCCUGCGCCGCCUGGACGCCCGGGCGCUGGAGGGGAUGCCCAAGCUGCAGAACAUCUCCCUGCACCACAACCAGCUGCAGACGCUGCCGCGGGGCCUCUUCGGGGCCACCCCGGAGCUGCGGCACCUGCAGCUGCACUCCAAUGCCCUGGAGUACCUGCCCGCCGGCAUCUUCUCCCCCCUGGCCACCCUGCGAGAGGUGAGGCUGCACAACAACUCCUGGCGCUGUGACGAGGGCAUCCUGCCCCUGCGGGGCUGGCUGGAGGACAACCCCCACAAGGUGGGCGAGACACCCCCCCUCUGUGCCCAGCCCCCCACCCUGCGGGGCACCCCCAUUGCCAGGCUGCCGCGGGACCAGCUCCUCGCCCCCCGGUCCCCCACUGCCUCCCCCCAGCCCAGCACCCCGCUCCCCGCUCGCCCCUCCGAGGUGGCGUUGCCAGAGGGUGCCUGGACGGAGCCCCCCACGGGGCUGCCGGUCUCCCCACGGCAGGAGGAGAAAGAGGAGGAAGAGGAGAGGGGCCGGUGGGGGCUGACACGCAUGCAGAGCGGGGUGGUGGUGGCGGUCAUUGUGCUGGUGUGUGUGGCCCUGCUCGCUGCUCUGGUGGCACUGGUGGUCUACGGCUGUAGGAAGAAGAGCCACGUCGUGCUCAUGAGGAUGAAGGCGCCCAACGAAGCCUGA